AUUCUUUUUUAACUGUGGGCUGAUCCCUCAUUGACUUAAUAAAUUCCUUGUGAAUUCCUUGUAUAUGGAAUUAAUUGUAUUUUAAUACCAAGAGAUAGCUGAAAGGGAAAGUGUUACAUUACACAUACUGGGAAAAAAUACCUCCAGUAACUGAAAAAAUAAUUGUGCUUUACAGGUCUUGGGUGACAUAAUCACAAAAUGCCUGGAGAUUGCUGAAGAACUGUCUUUGAAAUCAAUUACUUUUCCAGCAAUUGGGACAGGGAAUUUAGAAUUCCCAAGAUCUGUUGUUGCUAAAUUAUUGUUUGACAAAGUGUUUGAAUUCAGUAGUGAAAAAAGAGUAAAUUCUCUUGAAGAAGUUCACUUCCUAUUGCACACAAAAGACACAGCUAAUAUUCAGGAAUUCUCAGAUGAACUUGAAAAAAGAUCUGUAGCUGUGACAGGAGAGAAUCCUGCUCCAAAUGAUGCUAGCCCAAGCACAGCUUUUUCUGCUGUCCCUUCAGCCUCAGCACGCAAUGUGCCUGAAAUGACAAUUGGCUCCAUCAUGUUCCGGGUGGCAGAAGGUGAUAUUACCAAGGAGGAGGGAGAUGCCAUUGUAAACAUAACAAACGAAACCUUCAACCUCAAAACAGGUGUCUCCAGAGCAAUUCUGAAUGGUGCUGGAAAAGCAGUUGAAGAUGAAUGUGGUGUACUAGCCCAGAAAACUGGCAAGAACUGUAUCAUCACCCAGGCAGGAAACCUGCCAUGCAAAAAAAUAAUGCAUUUUGUUUACCAACGUGAUAUCAGGUCCCUGGUUUUCCAAGUACUCCAGGAGUGUGAACUGCAGCAGUACACCUCUGUCGCCUUCCCAGCAAUUGGAACAGGAGAGGCACGCCGCAAUCCAGCUGAGGUAGCUGACAACAUGAUAGAUGCAGUAACUGACUUCGCAAAAAGGAAUUCUGCUACGUCUGUGAAAACUGUUAAAGUUGUCAUCUUUCAGCCACAUCUGAUGAGUGUGUUCCAAGCAAGCAUGCAGAAAAGAGAAAAGUCUACUGCAACACGAAUCAAAGCCUUUGUUUCCAAGGCAUAUCACAUGGGUAAAUCACUCUGGAGCUCUGAGAAACUUUCCCCUAAGGAAGAAACCAAAGUGGUUUUGGAAAAGAAAAUCAACCUGGCUGUUGUGCAGAUUUGUGGUGAAAAUAAAAAAGAAGUGGAAGAAGCUGAAAAGUGGCUGAGAAGUGCAAUUUCAAAAGAACAAUCUCAAACACAAAUUGUAGAUGAGACUAUCUCUCAUUUCAAUGAAGAAGAGAAAGCAGAACUGCGUGACCUAGAAAAUGAAUUAAAAAUUUGUCUUAAUUUGAAGAGUACCCAUAUUGAAAUUUCAGGGGUUGCAAAAGAUGUGUGUGUGGCUUCUUUAGCUGUUCAUAAAAUGAUUCUCAGGGUAAAAGCUGCUAAAGAGACACAGGCAAAACUUUUACAAAAUUCAAUUGAAUGGAAAUAUUUUGAAAAGGAUUCUUAUGUACCCUUCAACAGUCUCACAAAUGUGGAGUUGGAAGAUGCUUACAAGGGAAAGCAGAAAACUCUUGAAGUCACCAUUGGUGAACAAAUUUACACAGUGGAUAUGGAACAGAAGACUGCUGUGGAUGCCCAUGGAAGGCAGAUAUCCCUUAUACGUAUUGAGAAAUCUGAAGAUCAAAAGUCAACAGCGCCCCCUCCAACAUGGGACCAUAUGGAAAAUGAGCAAUUCAAAAUAGUGGAACUAAAACCAGACUCAAGAGAGUACAAAGAUGUGCAAGAAAGGUUUCAGCAAACCUGUCAGUUAUACAAAAUUGAAAAGAUUGAAAGGAUACAGAACCUAUAUUUCUGGAAAAGCUACCAAAUAAAAAAGUGUGAAAUAGAUAAAAAAAAUGGUGACAAAAAUAAUGAGAGGCUUCUGUUUCAUGGGACGAGUCAGGAGUCAUUAACCCUUAUUAACAAACAUGGAUUUAACCGGAGCUAUGCUGGAAUGAACGCUGCAAACUUUGGAAAUGGAACAUACUUUGCUGUUAAUGCCUGCUAUUCUGCCAAUGACCUCUACUCUAAACCAGAUGUGAAUGGGAGGAAGUACAUGUACUUGGCCCGAGUCCUUGUUGGAGAAUACUCUCUGGGGAAAAAAGGAUCAAUUACUCCAGCACGAAAAAAUGUUAGCAACUCUGUAGAUCUGUAUGAUAGUUCAACUGAUAACAUGAGCCAGCCAUCCAUGUUCAUAAUUUUUAAUGACAUUCAAGCUUACCCAGAAUAUCUUAUCACUUUUACUAAGUAAGUAUUUUAAUUGCAGCCACAACUGUAUGUCUUUUAGCCUCUAUGUAGAAUAGAAACAUCUGUAACAAAACACUAAACAAAAAUACUAAAGAAUUGUGUCAGAUUAAGUUCUGACUUGAUUUAAGCAAUCUCUGGCAGUUUCUGAUCCCCCUGAAGCUUGCUGACACUUGGAGCAGCUGAAUGUAUUAAGACUCGAGCACAAUAUUGUACUACAGUCCUCUUUUAGAUUACAUAGUGAGCCUUUCUACUGUAUCAGCCACACAACCUUAGGGCCUUCCUAAUUGCUGGUGGGGGAUUGGAAGGGAUAAUGCAGCCACAGACUGUUCAGUGUUGCAUUUCUGAUGCCUUUUUAUACUCUGUGACAGUCUCAUAACUAGUUAUGUUAGAGCAGUUUUCAAUAAAGGAACCAGUUGUACUAAA